UUUUCUUGCUUUUAUUUUGUAUUUUUAUUCUAUUAUUUUCUUCGGCUUAUUUUUGUGAACACUUACAACGGAGUAGUCAAGAAAAUUAACAACGAAUAGUGUUCAAAUAGGUAUAAUAAUAAUUAAAUUAGAGUAAAACUAAUCAAAAACAUUGCUUGUUCUUGUGAAAUUCACCUCAUCAAGAAAUAUUUUGUCAUUCGUCCGAGAAGCAGAUGAAAAUGUAUUUACCAUUAAUAUAUGUUUGUACAGGUGCUUUAAAUGUUUUGCUGCUCAAGUGGAGUGACACUUUGGAAGGAGAAUGCAGUGAUGGGAAAUGGCGUCGUUUCCAACAUCCGCUGGUGCAAACAGCACUUAUGUUCUUUGGAGAAAUUCUUUGCUUCUUUGUCUAUAGAAUUGUGUAUUUUUUCCUUCAGCGACGUGGGUUGGGUGCUGAAGGUGAAAAUAUAAUAACAAGGGGCGAACGGGAAUUUUCACCGCUACGUUUGUUGGUACCGGCGAUAUUGGAUGCAAUUGCCUCGGUGAUGCUACUUACCGGUCUCUAUUUAACUUAUGUAUCCAGCUUUCAAAUGCUGAGAGUUGCUGCUCUUAUAUUUGUUGGCAUCUUUGGUGCCAUUCAUCUCAAUCAAAUGGUGACCGUACGUCACUGGAUGGCAAUGUUCACCAUCAUUUGCGGCAUCAUAGUAAUCAUAUCUAUUGAUGUUGAACGUGCCGGAUAUGAUCAGUUUUCGCUACCCAGGAAGGGAGAUAGCAAUGCAGUACUAACUGGCAACUUGCUCGUAGUUUUCGCACAAAUUUUUCAUGCCGGUAAAUUUAUUUAUGAUGAAAAGUACCUUAAAGGAACAGACAUUCCGACUAUGUUGGCUACGGGCUGGCAGGGCAUCUUCGGCCUGUUUACCACAGUUUUGCUAGGUGCUUGCCUAACUUUCCUACCCUCUCCAAUGCCGCUUAACAAUAAUACUCGUGGCGUUUUUGACGAUCUUGGUGAUAUUAUACCGCAAAUCCGUAGUAAUCCAACAUUGUUGGCACCAUUAAUUAUUUUUAUCAUCUCCAGCGCGUGCUAUAACUUUGCCUCAUUAACAAUUGUGAAAUACUCGUCUUCGGCGAAUCGAUUACUUGCGGAUAACUUGCGUAUUCUUAUUAUUUGGUGGAUGGCCUUCUUGUUGGAAUGGGAAACGUUCAAUAUCAUCACGGUUAUAGGCUUUUUAAUACUACAAAUAGGUUCAGUAGCUUAUCGCAAUGCUAUCUUCAUCGAAUGGUAUCGCUCUUUAUUAGCGCGUUUGAUGCGUAGUCGAUACGCUGAUCUAACCGUCGAAACAGGCAACGAUAGUGGAGAGGCUGGCGUAUCGACAAAUCGUCCGGCAGACGCUAUUUGAUUGCAGCUGUAAUCGCCGAAAUAUGAAUUGUUGCGAUAUGUUGAAUCAUAAAAAGUAAUCGUUUAAUUAAAUAAUAUCUAAAUGCAUCUUGUGGAAAAGUGAAACAUAUUUGUUGCAUUUUUUUUUUAAUUUAUUUAGAACUUUAAAAGAUGUAUUCCCUUUGGUUAUUUAAAUUUAAAUGUUGCAAGAUAUAUUAUUUACCUAUCUGUGGCGCCUUUUAAUAGGAAUUAAAGGGUUUGGUUAAGUCAUUUCUAAUUUACAAUUAAAUUAAACAAAAUCGUUAACUAAGCAAUAUUAAUAUCCGAUUUGGCAUUAAACACAUUGCACUUAGCCCACAAUGUAUAGACCCACAAAUAAGUCACAUGUAAAUUAUUAUUAUUAUAAAAAACGAACUGAUUUGGCUGAAAUAAAGUGAUGCUUGACUUAAGAUUGAUUAGUUAUUAACGAAUUAUGAGUAUAUAUUAUACGGAUUGAGAAGAAAUUAAAAUAAAAUAAUAUUAAAACAGACAUAA